AUGCUAGCUACUUACUAUGAUCUGUCUCUGAAUGGAUUCAAGGCCCCCGCGAAGGGUGCACGGGGAGAGGCGGCGGCAGGCGCCGGUUACGUCACCGCGCUCUCCGGGGCGCCUCGAAUAUUUGACGGCGCCCCUCAAAAAUUAAGCGGUGCGGCUCAAGAAGCGGGCGGCGCGGCUCAAAAAUCGGCCGGCGCGGCUCAAAAAGCGGGCGGCACGGCUCAAAAAUCGGGCGGCGCGGCUCGAAAAUUGACCGGCGCAGCUCAUAAAAUCGGCCGGCGCGGCUUAAAGAUUAAGCGGUGCGUCUCAAAAAUCGGGCGGCGCGGCUCAAGAAGCGGGCGGCGCGGCUCAAAAAUCGGCCGGCGCGGCUCAAAAAUCGGGUGGCGCGGCUCAAAAAUUGGGCGGCGCGGCUCGAAAAUUGACCGGCGCAGCUCA